AUGGACCAGGCCAGUAGGACUGCAGCGUUCCGUCUGGUGCUGCUGUCGGUCCUUUUUUCAGGACUCGACAGCACCACCAGGACCUUUUACAUCGGCAUUAGGGAGGAGAUGUGGGACUUCGCGCCCACUGGAAGAAACACUGUAACCGGGAGGGUCAUCGAUCAAGAUCAACAGGCAUCACUGUUCCUGCAACAAGGUCCACAUCGAAUAGGACGUGUGUACAAGAAGGCCGUGUACAAACAGUACACGAGUGAGACGUAUAGUAAGGAGAUCGCCAAACCCAGCUGGCUCGGUUACCUGGGGCCGCUGCUCAUGGCAGAGGUUGACGAUGUCAUUGUGGUCCACCUGAAGAACUUUGCAUCCAGGCCGUAUUCAAUGCACCCCCAUGGCGUCUUCUACAAAAAAGAUUCAGAAGGGGCGUUGUAUCCGGACAAGACCACAGGGAAGAACAAGACGGACGAUCAGGUCCUGCCAGGAGGGAACUAUACCUAUGAGUGGGUUGUCAAACCCCAGUAUGCCCCUGCCGAUGGGGAUAAACCAUGCCUCACCUGGGUGUACCAUUCGCACGUCCACUCUUCACAGGACAUUGCUUCAGGCCUCAUUGGUGGCCUCAUCACCUGCAAGAAAGGGACACUCUUCAACCCAAGCAAUCAGACGAAGCCAGAGCGGAAGGAUGUGGACAAGGACUUUUUCUUGAUGUUCAGUGUUGUGGAUGAGAAUCUCAGCUGGUACCUUGAGGAGAACAUUCAGACUUUCUGCUCUGACCCCACCGGAGUAGACCGUGACAGCGAAGAAUUCCAGGAGUCCAACAGGAUGCACGCCAUAAAUGGGUAUGUGUUCGGCAAUUUGCCUGGUCUGGAGAUAUGCCACAACCACACAGUCGCCUGGCAUCUUCUGGGCAUGGGCAACGAAGUGGAUGUCCAUGCCGCCAACUUCCAUGGUCACACGUUGCUUGACCGUGGUCACCGCACUGAUGUCCUUAGCCUGUUCCCAGCUAGCUUGGUCACCGCAGAGAUGUUCGCAGGAACCACUGGGAAGUGGAUGCUCAGCUGCCAGGUCAAUGACCACAUACAAGCUGGAAUGCAGGCCUUCUACUGGGUUUUCUCCUGCGGGAAAGAAACCGGAGGUGACCAAGGAGGGCCUCCCAGUGGUACAACCAGGCACUACUACAUUGCUGCAGAGGAGCAGCUGUGGAACUAUGGUCCAACAGGAAUCAAUGCCUUGAAUAAUCUGUCCUUGAGUGAUGCUAGCAGCCCCUCAGAGUCCUACUUUGGUACCAUGAGGGGUCAUCUCGGGGGUGUAUACCGCAAAGCACACUAUGUGGCAUACACAGAUGACACAUUCACCACCAAAAAAGAGGCGAUGGAUGCAGAAAAACACCUAGGCAUUCUGGGCCCAGUGAUCCGAGCAGAGACAGGAGACCUGAUCCAUGUGACAUUUCUGAACAAGGCCAGUAGGAACUACAGCAUUCUGCCCCACGGCAUACAAUAUGAGGAAGGGUAUGAAGGCUCCAGCUAUGGCACAGACACGGAGAGGUCCGGACAUUGGGUACCUCCUGGACAGCGAUUCACCUACAGAUGGAGGGUGAUGGAAGGGCCUUCCCCCAGCGACCCAGCAUGCAUCUCUUUCUUAUACUACUCUGCCACCGACCCAGUCCGUGACACCAACUCGGGGCUCGUGGGUCCCCUGCUGGUGUGCAAGAGUAACACACUGGACCAGAGUGGUGCUCAGAAAGGUGUAGACAAAGAAUUCUUUCUGCUCUUCUCUUUGAUGGACGAAAACCUCAGCUGGUACCUUGAAGAUAACAUUGAAAUGUUUGGAUCAAAUAACUCUGAACCACAGGAUAAAGACUUUCAGGACAGCAAUAUAAUGCAUGCAGUCAACGGUUUUCUGUACGGGAACUUGCCGGGGCUGGACCUCUGCCUGGGGGACCGAGUUUCGUGGCAUGCCUUUGGGCUGGGAUCAGAGAUGGAUAUCCAUGGGAUCCACUUUGAGGGCAACACCGUCCAGUGGGAGGGCUUGAGGCGGGAUACCUUCAACCUGUUUCCUCACACCACAGUGACUGUUUCCAUGGCGCCAGAUUCCAUUGGUAGGUUUGAAAUCAGCUGCAUGACAACAGAUCACUAUGAGGCUGGCAUGAGGCAUCAGUACACAGUGCAGAGGUGCACUAGGCCACAUGCUGAGCCCACCACAACACCACUUGUGUUGCACUACUUCAUAGCAGCAGAGGAGCUGGAGUGGAACUAUGCCCCAGACAGGACAUGGGAGCUGGAGAAGCACAAUGCCACCAAGGAAACUAGUCCUGGGAGCAUAUUUGUGGGAAAUGGAGAGAAUCGCAUUGGGCCCAAGUACAAGAAAGUAGUCUUCAGGGAGUACACAAACUCCUCCUUCCUGGAAAGAAAGAUCAGGUCAUCUACUGAAGAGCACCUGGAGAUCAUGGGUCCUAUCAUCAAGGCAGAGGUGGGAGAGCAAAUUCUGAUCACCUUCAGAAAUAAUGCCAGCCGUGCAUACUCCAUGUAUGGCCAUGGAGUGAAAAUGAGUCAGCACCCAGAUGCUGUGGAGCCAGGUGACGUAAAAGAGUAUCGGUGGAAUAUUCCAGAAAGCUCUGGCCCUGGACCUUCAGAUCCAAACUGCAUCUCUUUUGCAUAUCAUUCUUCCAUCGACUUUGUCAAGGACACUGUCAGUGGACUCAUUGGUCCCUUGGUGAUCUGCAGAAAAGGCACACUGAGUCAGAGCAGGUGCAGGAAGGAUGUAGACAGAGAAUUUGCCUUGCUCUUCAUGGUGUUCAAUGAGAACUUGUCAUGGUAUCUGGGGGACAACAUCAAGAGUUACCUUGGGAAGGACCCGGGCACUUUCUCCAUGACCCCAGAGUUUGAGGAGAGCAACAAAAUGCACGCCAUCAACGGGAAGCUGUAUGGUAACCUGAAUGGUCUGAUCUUAAUGGAGGGUGACCGGGUGGACUGGUACCUCCUGGGAAUGGGCAGCGAGGUGGACAUGCACACAGUCCACUUCCAUGGAGAGACAUUCACCUACAAGACCAACUGGACUCACCGCAGUGAUGUCUUCGAGCUGUUCCCAGGAACCUUCCAGACGGUCUCAAUGGUGGCAAGGAACCCCGGGAACUGGCUGAUGCACUGUCAUGUGGCUGACCACAUUCUGGCUGGCAUGGAGACCACAUUCACCAUCAGGAGCAGUGCAGGUGAGGAGCAAGCUGCUUUACCCAGCUUCAUGGUGACCCUGAUCUUCUUCCUUGGACUGCUGGUGUCUACCCUUGGCUAG